CAGGGCGGGAGCGGAAGUGGGAGCCGGAGCCUGUCCGCCAUUGUGGGGAAGCGGCGCCUAGAGCAGGGGGGAAGCAGCGCUGCGUCCGGCCGGCCGGCUCCUUCCAGCGGGAACCAGAUCAGCGGCGGCGAGCCCGGGCAGCAGCGGCGGCGACAAUCAAGCGGCAGCGGGGAGAGCGGCGCGGUCGGUGUGUGCGGGAGUCACUCGAGGCCCAGGCGGAGCGAGGGGAUCGCGGUUCCCCGUGAAGAAUGUCAGCCACAAGCGUCGAUCAGAGACCUAAAGGACAGGGAAAUAAAGUUUCAGUACAAAACGGUUCGAUUCAUCAAAAGGAUGCAGUAAAUGAUGAUGACUUUGAGCCAUAUCUAAGUAGCCAGACAAAUCAGAGUAACAGCUAUCCACCAAUGUCAGACCCAUACAUGCCUAGUUAUUAUGCUCCAUCCAUUGGAUUUCCAUAUUCUCUAAGUGAAGCAGCAUGGUCCACUGCAGGUGACCCUCCAAUGCCAUACUUGACAGCCUAUGGACAGAUGAGCAAUGGUGAACAUCACUAUAUACCUGAUGGUGUGUUUAGUCAACCUGGGGCUUUAGGAAAUACCCCUCCAUUCCUUGGUCAACAUGGAUUUAAUUUUUUUCCUGGGAAUGCAGAUUUCUCUACAUGGGGGACAAGUGGAUCUCAGGGACAAUCAACACAAAGCUCUGCUUAUAGCAGCAGCUAUGGCUAUCCACCUAGCUCUCUUGGUAGAGCCAUAGCAGAUGGACAGGCUGGAUUUGGCAAUGAUACUUUGAGCAAGGUGCCUGGGAUUAGCAGCAUUGAACAAGGCAUGACUGGACUGAAAAUUGGUGGGGAUAUGACAGCUGCUGUGACAAAAACUGUAGGUUCAGCUCUGAGCAGUACAGGUAUGACAAGCAUUGCAGCAAAUAGUGUGCCCCCAGUUAGCAGUUCAGCACCUAAACCAACCUCCUGGGCUGCCAUCGCUAGGAAGCCUGCUAAACCUCAGCCGAAACUCAAGCCUAAGGGUAAUGUGGGAAUUGGGGGCCCUGCUGUACCACCACCUCCUAUAAAACACAACAUGAACAUUGGAACUUGGGAUGAGAAAGGAUCAGUGGUAAAAGCACCCCCUUCCCAGCCAAUACUGCCUCCUCAGACUAUAAUACAGCAGCCUCAGCCAUUAAUUCAACCACCACCAUUGGUGCAAAGCCAACUGCCUCAACAGCAGCCUCAGCCACCACAACCACAGCAGCAACAAGGACCUCAGCAGCAGGCCCAGCCUCACCAGUUGCAGCAGCAACAGCAGCUGCAAAACCGCUGGGUAGCUCCUCGUAACAGGGGCGUGGGCUUCAGCCAGAACAAUGGAGGAGCUGGCAGCGAAAACUUUGGCUUAGGUGUUGUACCUGUCAGCUCUUCACCUGGUGUAGAGGUGCACCCAGUACUGGAGAAACUAAAGGCCAUAAACAACUAUAAUCCCAAAGACUUUGAUUGGAAUCUGAAGAAUGGACGGGUGUUUAUAAUCAAAAGCUAUUCGGAGGACGAUAUACACCGCUCCAUUAAAUACUCUAUCUGGUGUAGUACUGAACAUGGUAAUAAACGCUUGGAUGCUGCUUACCGUUCCCUGAAUGGGAAAGGUCCACUCUAUUUACUCUUCAGUGUGAAUGGCAGUGGACAUUUUUGUGGAGUGGCUGAGAUGAAGUCUGUUGUGGACUACAAUGCAUAUGCCGGAGUCUGGUCUCAGGAUAAGUGGAAGGGGAAGUUUGAUGUUAAGUGGAUCUUUGUCAAAGACGUUCCCAAUAACCAGCUGCGGCACAUUCGUUUGGAAAACAAUGACAACAAACCGGUUACCAAUUCGAGGGACACUCAAGAGGUACCCCUAGAAAAAGCCAAGCAAGUGCUUAAAAUAAUUGCUACUUUCAAGCAUACCACCUCAAUCUUUGAUGACUUUGCACACUAUGAAAAGCGUCAAGAGGAGGAGGAAGCCAUGCGUAGGGAGAGAAAUAGAAACAAACAAUAACUAUAUGGAGAUGUCCUGCUAGAAUUACAACACUAAUGAUGUAGACUCUGGAAAUGCCUAAUAUGUCUAAGAAGACAUUAUUAAAGCUUUUUUUCUGCUUAAGGUGACAUCUUUGAACACUUUAACACGAAAUUGACUCUUCUUGUAAUGGUUCUCAUCAGUGCAUCUGCCCUUAUACUCUCUCACCAAACACACUUGAGAACUGUAACUUCGUCAAGCACUUUCUGUCCUGAAGCUUUUACCAGUAUCUGCUGUCUUUUGUAUUUAUGCAUCCUAGCUAAGGCACAGGAGACGGAACGAAUGCAAGGAUUCAUUAACUCUUUGAAUUUGUUAAAUACUAACAAUUAACCAUUAGAAGUGAUUCAAUGAUGUGAGAUUCACAUUGCUUCAACUUAUUUUUUCUUUGUUGUAGUUUUUUUUUUAAUUGUCAGUUUUUAGCUAUUCAACAGAUUAAAAGCAAAAUCAUGCCAUAUUUAGUCCUGGAGUAAAACUCAAGUCUAAAUGUUCAUGUGAAAAUUAUUGUAGUAAACUUUUAAUAUGGCAAGGCAACUUUAAGAUGCAGUUUAGCCAAAUGAAACGUAACAUGAAAUUAUAUUAGAAUGACAUUUCCCUUGUUUCAAACUGUUUGGUGUAAGAGAAUAUUAAUAUGCAGCUUGGUGGACAGCACCGGUUAAUGCACACUUCUUUAUUUUUUCUGUAAUAUGUAUACCGAAAAAAGUGCAUUUGUCUGAGGAACUGUUUGUUUGCUACCACUCAAUGAAUCUCAGUUUUGAGUAAAUGUACCUCAGUCUAAAUCAGACUUUUUAUGACCUUUAUAACUACAUUUAAAACCUUUAAUUCCUAUUUCUGGGUGUUUGCAAGCCUGACAGAUUGCUAUCAUGGAAGUGAAAAUUUACUCCUCUAGGUGAUUCACUAGCUAAAUAAACAUAAUUCUUGUUUAGCAAGCAUAUACUGUUUCUCAACUUUUUUCCUCCUAUUAUCACAGUAUUCAAGCAUUCUCUCUCUUCAAAAUACUUUUGGAAAAAGACUGAUCAGUGGAUCAAGUCUGUGUUCACAUCCAUGUGUACCUGUUACUGGCUAAAGCUAUCUAACAAAGUGUUUAAGAUACUGUAUUAAUCUGAAUACUUCUAUGCUAAAUUUUUAAUUUACCGUUUGAAAAUUAUUUUUUACAAUAACCUGUUUCUUAGUAACAUGAAUUUUACCUGAUGGAAGAAUUUGUAUGAUCAAAAAUGUCAAGCGGCUGUAUGAACUGCAUAAAAUACUGAACAGUCUGUUCAAAUUCCAGAGAGAGUUUCCUUUUUUAGAACAGCAGUGUAGAAGACAGAUAUGUUGAAGCUUAAAAUAGCAAUACUGCAGAUUUGAAUGCCUUUGGUGUGUCUUAUUAUCCAACAUGUUUACAUUGUGUUUGGAAUCUCUCUUGCAUUUACAACAGCUUCUAGUCAGCUGAGUACUGACAUUUAGGGACAAGCACAGCUUUUUUAAAUAUAGGCUAUUUUACUAUUUAUGCACUACUUUUUUCUCUUCCCCAACACACACAAUGAAUAUACAGUGUUCUUUAUCCAUUGAUUUUAAAACAUUUUACAGUCCCUCAGUGAAGAUUUAAUUCAAUAUGUUGGAACAUGGGAUGUAAAGUGUUACGAAUACAAAUGUUAGCUUGUCCCAGUAUUCUGAAAAUUCAAAAGGUAAUUGCACCCGGCAGUGUAGAGAAGGAAUCAGUUUGACUCAAAUGCUGAGGGGGUGGCCAGGAACAAAGAGGGUGGACAGAAAGGGGCAAGCUACGUGUGUCGCAUGGAGUGACAUGCUAGGGUACUGUGGCAGAAGGGUCUAUAACCAAUGAGCACAAUUCCCUUCAGGACCUAGAUUUGGAAUCCUGAGUCCUGGACUCCCAGCAUUCCUUUAUUGUAUAGCAAAUAGCUGUGAAAUGUGGCAGAAUGUUUCAUCUCUCUCUACUGGCUAGUCUACAGCCUUCCACUCCUACCAGCUGGUCUAUUAGCUUAAGUGGCAGAUAUUGAUGCUGUGAGACUAAAGGGUGUAAUCCUGCUGGUGACCCAUGUGGGCAUCAACAUAUUUCCACACCAUGGGAUUUCUGUUUUUCCUUUUGCUUUUAAAAACAAUGUAGGAUAAUACAGGGGGGCUACAGUGAAAGAAUGUUAAGUUUGCAAGUCAAGCAUUUGAAUAUUAGGAAAUGCCAGAAUCAAGUUUGUUUGUGUACUCUUAAUUCAGAUUCCAUGUGUAUGUAUACAUUGUUAGUCUUUAAUUAUAUGAUCACUAUAUGCUAUUUUUUCCCACAAGAACCCGGCCUAAUUCAGUGCACAGAAUGAAGCAGGUUGUGUGUAAUGAAGGAGGCUAUGCCUCAUUUGUUCCAGAAGUUAGAAGAUGUGAAGAAAAUGACUUGUGAUUGCAGGAUGAGACAGAAUGAUCUUCUGGCUGAGGUAGUUGCUAUAGAGUUCCUGUGUGAUCCUAGGGAAGUCACUUAAGACAAAAACUUUUCCGAGGAGGCCACUAACUGUGUGUUUUAACUUUCGGGGUGCCCAAAUUGAGACGUGGUCUGAUUUGCAGAAGUGCUGAGAAUUCAUACCUAAAAUUGAAAUCAAUAUACUUUGAAUAUAGAAAAUGCUGUAAAAUACUAAAUACUCUAUAAAAUCAGAUCCUGAGUGGUAUUGGGCACACAAAAUUCGUGAGCACUUGACAUUUUUGGCCUUUAACUUCUGUGCAUCAUUUCAUCUAUACAAAGGUAGGAUUUGUCAUCCCCUAUCUCAUGGGAGUAUUGUUAAAAUAAGUUUUCAGCUGCAAUAGUGAUGAGUGCCAUAGAAAAGCCCAUGAAGAAAAUACUAAUUCUGUAGUCAGUGCAGGGUUUGGAUGGUGUGCAGUAGGUAAGGCACAAGGUCACACACAAAAUGAGAAUGAAAUAUUGAAAUAGUUACCCAGUCAGUGUGCAUUAUCCAUUCUGUGCACUGAGCAUUUAUCCAUUCUCUGCAAAGGAGCCUGGUAGAAAAUACAGUAAGUGAUCAUGUAACUAAAGACUAAGAGAGAUGAAAACAUUACUUACAUACAUACAUACAUACAUACAAGAGGGACACAUUAAGUUUGCAUGGGUAGCCAUAAUUCUGCCAUUCUUUAGCUUUUGAGUGCUGCUUGACUGUAAUUUCAACAUUUUUUAACGAGAAAUGCAUCUUGUCACUUGAAUUCUCAGGCUGAUGGCCUAACAAAAUAUGGGUACUAUUUUUCUUUGAGGGACUUCUGUACUGGGACAGACUCUCACCUAGUAUCACUUAGGCAAAUUUCAGCUCUUUAGGUUUCCGCAUAUCCUUUGGUAACUUACUACAUUUUUGCAUUUAAAUGAGUUUGCUCCUUUUAGAGCUAAUCUCUUCCUGCUUGAUCCUGUAGCACUGACGUCAUGCUGAAUUCAUGACUGCAAUUUUUCCAAAAUUCACUGGAAAAAGAAUCCAUCUCAAAGCCCAGGUCUGUGGCACCAAACAAAAAAUUGAGUUGAGGCGAGAGCUUGGUCUAAUGCAGAUAACUGAAAUAAUGAAGAUGAGACACUUUCACCAAGUCUUAUCUGUAAAGUCCCUUCAUGAGGUUACUUUUUUAUAAUUGAGAAUUUAUUUCAAAUGUUAAAUAAAUGUACCAUGUUUCUCUAUGUAUGGAUGCUGGUUGAUAUUUCCCAGCAGAAAUUUAGUUAAAUAAAUACUGCCUUGUAAAUUCCAAUGCAGUGCUAGCUGCCUUAUUUUGGUCCUGUCUAGGCUAGGCUUUCAAAGUAAUUAGUAUCUCUGCAGCAAGAAAGAUGUUUAAAUGGUUCUCCAGAUGUUGCUAACAGUUUAAAAACCUAAUGCAGAACUGGUGUGUGUGGGGAGGGAAGGGUUUUUUUGUGUUUUGUUUUUUGAAGCAUUAACACUUUUAAAUGCAUACUUGAUAUUGAAGAGGCAUUCAGAUACCUAACAUUGUUCAUGGGAGAAUGGUUGUUAGAAAAAUUUUAGAAGAAAAAUCAAUAUAAGCAGUUCCAUCAUUUCAACUCAUUUUGCUGCCAUUUUCAUUUUAAGGAAAUGAGAGGCACCUGUUUUCAGUAACAUCUGUGUAUUCUUUUGCCAUGGAAAGAUCCUUGGUCUAUUUUUCUGGUAAAAUUAAGGAAAAGAUCAAAGGAGAAUGGUUCAUUUAACUUCAUUCAUAGCAGAACAUGGGUGUUUGAAUUUUGUUUGUUCCUUCAUGUGAAUUAGACUACAGUUAAUCAGGUGAGAACUUC